GGUCAAGGGUGGAGGGACGUGAUCUUUGAACCCAACUGGUCUGGGGGUGACGGAUGUUAAAAGUUGGGGGGGGGGGGAUAUCUGUUAACUCUAAGGGGGUAGGGGUUUAGGGUGGAGGGACGAGCUCUUUCAACCCAAAGGAUCCCAGGAGAGGGGAGCAGGGAUUGGGUUUUGUCGCUAGGUGUUGAUCCCCCCUCGCUCCGAAGGUAGACGAGAGGGGAAACAAGGCUAGAGGAGCCUUUGUCCUGAUACCUCGGAAGGAAACAGCAGCUUCCUAGCUCCAGGAGCCUUGAACACUGCACGAUGGGGGCAGGCGGAGUCUCCGCAUGGAGAGGUCCCUGAUCCGAGGACAGGCGCGACCAAAUUGCAGAGGACUGCCUGCUGUAGACAAGGGCACGAGAGGGUUGGAGCCUGGACCUCAUUUGGGAGACCGGACACGGCAGGGAGCAAAUUCCAUUGGAGGAGACUACAUGUUGCCUGUGCUUUCGUGGGAGAUGUCAAGCAACUACUGACACGCAACCACCUCCUCCCUGCCCAGAGUGAGAGGCACCUGUCUGAAGUGUCUCCGUCUCGGACAUUCACAGCCUGUUGUGUCUGAACAAAGAGCCAUCCAGUCUAAUCCCAAUUCGCAGCUCUCAGCACAUCCAUCUGCUCUCGUUAGAGAGAAUUAACUUGUAAAUCAGAUUGUUGGAACUGUCUGAAACUUGGAAUGAACGUUAAAAUCGUGGACAAUGGUUGAAGCUUAAAGAAAAGGAGUGGUGGAAUUAUUAUUGGCAUCCCUAAGGACAAAGGAUUCAGAGCUGCGGAGAUAUUACUGAGACUUUUCCUUUGAGUGAGACCAGCCGGUCAUGGACAGCACUGACUUUGAACAGGGCGAUAAUAUUGGCCUGGACAAAAAGGCAGCCACCAUGUCUGGUCUGCCAUCUGCUUCCGGAGAGCCUGGCGAGAGGGAAGGGCGUCCGGAGGGAGCAGGAGAGCGGGCCGGGAAGACUUUGGCCGCUGAUGCUGGCCAGACGGUGGAAGAAGGUCAGAGACCGGGAGCUGACGCCCAGGCAGCAGACCACAGCAAGGAGUCGCUGACCAGUGGCUUGGCCUCGGCGGAGUCUGAGGGCGACCUGGCCAGCCUGACUCCCUCGUUGGGUUCCCCGGAGGAGGAGGAUGAUGGGGAUGACCUGGCAGAGGCCGAGUGUCCCCUGGCAGAGAGCGCAGAGUCCGACCAGGUCUCUGCCCCGUCCCUGGGGAGUACCAGCGAGACGGAGCAGGACCCCUUGCAGGGGGCUGGACCCAGGCCUGAGGUCUACCGGGGUGACCCCAGCAACACUUUCUAUUACGUGAAAUGGAUCAACUGGAAGGGCGAAAAGACCCCUGUAAUCACCCAGAGCGAAAACGGGCCCUGCCCACUGAUCGCCAUCAUGAACAUCUUGUUCCUGAGAUGGAAGGUGAAGAUACCACCAAAGACUGAGGUGAUAUCAGUUGAACAAUUGAUGAUCCUUCUAGGUGACUGCAUACUCUCCACCAAGCCAAAGGAGAGCUCAGAGGGGCUGCAGCUCAACUUUGACCAGAACAUGAACGAUGCCAUGGCUGUCCUGCCCAAGCUGUCCACGGGGCUGGACGUAAAUGUCCGCUUCACAGGAGUCGGUGACUUUGAGUACACCCCGGAAUGCAUUGUGUUCGACCUGUUGGAUGUCCCUCUUUACCACGGCUGGCUCGUUGACCCCCAGAGCCACGAGGUGAUGCAGGCAGUCGGGAGGUGCAGUUACAACCAGCUUGUAGAAAAGAUCAUCAGCUCCAAGCACUCCACGGACAGCGCGCUGGUCAGUGAAGGGCUGGUUGCAGAGCAAUUCCUGGACGCAACCGCCACACAGCUGACUUACCACGGUCUCUGCGAGCUCACGGCUGCAGCCAAGGAAGGGGAGCUGUGUGUCUUCUUCCGGAACAAUCACUUCAGCACGAUGAUUAAGCACAAGGGCCACCUCUACCUGCUAGUGACCGACCAGGGCUUCCUGUCGGAGCAGAAGUUGGUGUGGGAGAGCUUGCACAACGUGGAGGGAGACGGCAACUUCUGUGACGCUGAGUUCUGCCUCAGUCAUCCGACCGGCCGGCAGCUUCCCUACACCGUCGCUCAGCCCCCCCAGCAGCAGAUCGACCAGGACUACAUGGUAGCCCUCUCCCUGCAACAACAGCAGCAGAGCUCGGGAGACAUCAGUGACCUGGAGCUAGCCCGGCAACUGCAGGAGGAGGAGGAUCGACGGGCAGUGAGGUACCUCCAGGAGCAGGAACACGAGACCCAACCGCAGGCAGCACCAGCACGGCAGCCACCAGCUGCUGGACGCCAGGCAGGGUCUGAGCGCCGGCAACACCGUGAGGAGAAGUCCAAAGACUGCAUCAUCCUGUGAGCCGCCACCUCGUCCAGUCUUGGCCGUCGAUGCCACCGCCGCGGUCAACCUCUUCCCAGGCUGCGGGGGGCCGGUGCCUCACCUCUCCAUGUACGGGACGAGUUUAGAAAACACUACCGAGCCUCAAGAGUCGAGGAGAUGAAGAAGCUUUCACUGUGGGUCCUGCUCCUUCCAAUGGGCCUAGUGGUUGCCUGGGUACAUUCUGGGAGAUUGACACCUGACCUCCAUCCCCACCCCAUUGGUUGCUGGAUGCGUUCACCCUCGUGAGCCCCGGCCAAUCAGAAAGCCAUUUACUCUUCGUUACCCAUUUACAGUUGCUGAUUUUAUUUUAAUUGAGAUGUUUUUUCCCUGCAAGAAAAUGAUUUUAAUUGUAACAACCCUUUGCUUUCCACCCUCUUGCCUGAUCCUGGAGAUUCUUGGGCAGUGAUGGGUGGCUGGGGCGGCACAGUAGGUUAGAGUAGGCUGGCAGUGUCCUCUGCGUUAUAAGAGCAGAGACAGACCCUGCUCAACAAGGUGAUACUUAGCUGGUUAGUAAAGAAGAGGGAUGCCAUUUUCAGGACAAGGUCCAAAGACCACUGGCUCUUGAGAGGGUCCUUUUAUUCAAAUCCUCCCACUGUUUCCCCCAACUCAGAAUCUCCCCCCGAGAAAUAUCAAUAACCUCAGCACUGGUUGUAGUUGUGGAGACAGGGUUAUAUGGGUGACCCCCGUGUUACAGAAAUUCUCCCUUACAGAAUUCACCUCCCGAAAAGAUUUGAGGUAUGGAAUAACAUUUGCUCUCGUGGAAUUUAUGUAGAAAAUAAAUCAAAAGACAAUUUAUUCCCCCCCCCCUCCCCCCCCAACUCUCGUAUCCUGAUACAUGCCCGGAUAACGUCAUGGAAAAUCGCAUUAUGGCCUGUUUCCUAGGAACACAACCCUCCCCUGUAACAUGGGGGUCACCUAUACAGCACGGAUUCCAGCCCACCGUAUCCACGUCUCCCACAAUAUCCGUCAUCUUCUCUUGACCCAUCAUCUCUUUCCAAUGUCCAUUUCCAAACUCUUUCAAAAUGGCUGCUUUUCUUUUGGAAAGGUUUGUGAGGCUGGGGUGAGGAGGUUCCUAUUCCCAAUCGCUCCAUAAACCUGGUUUCACUACGGGUCCCAGAGGUUGGCAGUUCAGAUCUCAGCAAUACCCCAGUGAAGGCGAUAAAACUGAAACCACCUGCUUGGAGAACUUUGAGCAGGUAUUUUUGCCAAAUGCCAUUCAAGGAACGGAAGUUCCCAGUCCGGCCGACACAUCAGACUACUGGCCCUUAUCAGUUAGACCUGGGUCCAGCUGUUUCAGGCUCCUGUGUUUACGGGAAGCAGAGAGGGAAAUCGGGUGGGGAGGUAGAGGAAGAAAAAGGGAAAAAGAACCCUCAGUGAUUAUCCCGAGGUUAAUGGGCACUUCCACAACCAGAGGGAGCAAAAAUUAAACAGGGGACAUAAGAACCAUCUCACCUCGGUCUGCCAACCCCGACAACCGCACUCUGAUUCAGUAAACUCACACUCGGCCUCAAUGGCUUCGUGUGUGGGGGGGAGAUGUUUCAGAUUUUCCCCAACCUGUGUAAAAGUUAUUCCUGACAUCCUGCUCCCCCUCCACCAAAGGGCCCCUCUUUGUUCUGGAAUAAUUCAGGCAGAGGACAUGGUGUCUCUGUCUCUCUUAACUCAGUUCCUUUAAUCAUCUGAAACUUCAUCCGGUCACUCACGUUAUGAACCCCUUUCUCAUCACCUCUUUCUCUCUCUGCCUGUGUGUCAGACAAAGCAGGAGGUAAAAUGCAGUGGGCGCUGGAAAUCUGAAAGUAAAGAUGUUCAGAAAUGGGCCUGGCAGGGAACAGCAGACUGAACCAGAGCUUUCAUCCAGGUGAAACGGAGACGACCUGCCUGUUGGGGACAGGUUGUUGGCUAGUUGGGAACGACACACAUUGGGCUUGCAACAUCACAGGUCAGGCAGAAUGCUGCCUGUAGCCCUCGUUGUAAGAAGCUGUACCAAAGUCACUAAUCCUUGACCAUACCGCCCUUUUCCCUCCUCCCAGUUGAUUAACCACCCCCACCCCCCCUGCACUUCAACUCUCAGCAAACCGGCCAGUGGCAAAGCUUCAGGGUUCCAAGGGGUCUGACCCUCCCUGACUAUCAAACCUGUCACUGUUUCCCCAUCCCAUCCUCCACUGACACAACCCCUCCUCACUCAGCCCCAUCCCUCACUGACCAAACCCCUCCCCACUCCAUUCCCCCCCCCCCAUUUGCCCCUUCCUCCACUGACCAAACCCCUCCUCACCUGUUCCCCACAGCCCCAUCCUCCACUUUCUGAACCCCUGCUCCCUUCUCCUUCCCCUUGCCCCCCCUUCUGCCAUCUUCUCUCAGACCCCAAGGGUCAAUUAUGAACAGGUUUUGCAGCAAGAGUCAAAUGGGAUUGUUAGACUUGCUUGAACACCUUACGGUUUAGUUUUGGAAAUUACUGUAAUAAAAUAGUCACCAAAA